GAAACACAUUGAAUAUACAGACACUGAUAUUCUAAACAAGAACAUAUAUUUAAUAUGCAAGUUUAAUCGUAGAAAUAUUUUAUUAGUCGGAAACAUCUUACAAUGGAACAAACUCGGGAAUGGCCCUUUAAGGAUUUAUAUUCUAAGUCCUUAGAAUGUCUAUUGAGUUUCAUGCCAUUGUUUAGAUGUUUUCAAUUAACAAGGUAUUUUUGUUUUUGUUUUUUUUGUUGUUGUACGACUACAAUUACAUAGUCAAUAUUUUAGUUUUGUCUAGAAUACCAGUGUAUAUUCUCAAUGUCUUUCUUGUCGUCCUUUGUUUCGUAGUAACUAAAAUUUCAUUUUGUUUCCUCAUAUACAUGUUGUUUUCGUACGUACAAAAUUAUUAGAGUUAAAAUACACCUGUGACGUCACUAUUGUCUCAACACUCCAUUAUUUUUCAGUAAUGGAGCGAUGAUUCCGUAACUCUCCAUUACUUAGUUAUUACAUGUCUCCCAAAUAUAGGAAUACAAAUAUUUAAAUAACUGAACCAACGACACAAAACUGUAACAAAAAAUAAGGUUUACUCCAAAUGUAUCCGUACAAGCUGUCAGAUGGUUAGUCCGAAUCUCACAAAGAAACAUCGAUAGCGUAGAUUAGUCCAGUUCAACGUCGAUAUAGCUUAAACUCCGAGAGGUAUCCAUUGCUAUUUUAUUCCUGUUUGCUGUAGUAUAUCAGUAAAAUAAAUCAAGCAAAGGAUACACUAGUAAUUCCGACUAUCAAAAAUAACGUAUUAAGUUAAACGAAAACUAAACCAAAUCAAUUUAAUACAGACUAGAUUCAUUCCGGUUUUUUUUUCAAGAUUAGGUUUAUUCAAUCAUAAUAUAAUUGCCACAAAACAGCUAAAACGAGUUUCGUUGAUUACAUAUUUGAAGUAGUGGCUAUCUCCAUAGACUCGAGCAUAGAAUAUUGGGUUGACAGUACCAAACGAAAGUCAUUCCCUUAAGUUUUAGAGUCUUUGAUAUAAAGGGGUACUGGUGGAAUUCCUUCCACCUUAUGUACGUGGGUAGGAGGGAUAAUACCGAAUCCAUCGAUGGCGAUCGAUUCUGCGACAGACCUAUCAGAAGUCUGUGGAUAUUUCUAUCAGAGCUACGUACACUACAGCCGGUGAAGUGGGUGAGGCUGGCGGAAGGAGCAGGAAGGAAUUACAGUACUAGAGAUGCCUUAAUAUAGGCGUUUGCCUACAUUUUAACCUCUUUAGUUUUUUCAAUUGUAAAAACAUUUUGCUAACCAAAUCAUAAAAAUAUAAUUGUUUUAUAUUAUAAUUUACUUUUUGUUCUUCAACUCGAUAUUAUUCCUUAUCCUGUACAGGCUCACGUACACGUUUCGACAUAGUUCCAUUUUUAACGUUUCUGCUAAUUCACAGGAUACAGUCAGUUCGUCAUCGGACGAUGUUUGGUCGUCAUUCAAAGACACAACAUGCAAUAUUGUACUACUCCCACCAUUAUCAUCGAAUGAUAUGUCGGAGCAUUUCACUAAUUUGUCGUUAUCAAGUAACACGUUCAGUAUAUAGUAUCGCCUAUCUUCAAUCGUAUCCCAGUUGAAAGCACAGUAUUUGUAUGUAGAUUCAUUUAAAAUAAAUUUAACAAAUAAAUAGUAACCAUGUCGCCACAAACGUAUCUCAACAAAAUGGCGUUUUCGUUGCACGUGUCUUGACUUCAUCCAUGCACGUGAUCGCUAUACUGCACAUGAAAAGCGUUUUCAUUGCAUGUUUUAAGUAAUGGAGACUUAACCUGUCCAUGCGACUGGUAGAUUACACAUGAAAAGUCCGUGCUAGUGUUACCAUAACAUCAACACGACAAAUGAGGCUGUCCACGAGGUAGCAGCAGUAUGAUGAUAGUUGUUUUAAUUAAUACCCAAAAUCUUACUUGAAUGAAUGAAUGUUUAACGACACCCCAGCACGAAAAAUACAUCGGCCAUUAGGUGUCAAACUAUGGUAAUGGAAACAAAUAAGGUGAUGAUUAACAUCAACACAAAAAUUCAAAACCCAAACGAAAACAGCGUAAAGAACUGUGCAAAAAUACAAAUAUCACAGAUAGAUACUGACUUUUACUAAAAAUUUCAAUUUGUGCUGUAUUGGCCAUCCUCAAAGAGAAUGUUACACCCCUGCACCACGGUGAGGUUACAGCACGCGAAGGGGAAAAAUCUUACUUAACCCACCACAAUCACUUGUGUUCCACUCCAUACUUACAUAAUAUAUUGACAUACAGUCAUUAUUUAGUGGUGUAUUUUAAGUAGGGGAUCGUCUCCUUUAUUUUUCAGGAAUGGAGCGUUGCUCGGCCAUUCCCCUUAACGUAAAAUCCAGUUAGAGUUACUAUGAUCAGUAGGACGACCAGACCUGGUGCUUAUACAACUUUUAUUUAGAGUCCAGACUCAAUCUCUAAUGACGUCACAAGCAUACAAUUUGUAUUGCGUUGUUAUGACAUUGGUGUCUCAGAUUGGAGUCUCGAGUCUAGACUCUAAAAGUUUUAUAAGCACCAGGUCAAAGACACAUUGUACAUACAGACACUGGUAGUCUAAACAAACAAAAUUCAGGAAUUUUAAUAUUUAAUUUUAGUCGAUAAAAAGGCUCUAUUAAUAGGAAACAGUUUUUAAUAAUAUGCCUUUAAUUUGGUAUGUUGUAUGUUACAGGAGAUAAAAUAACAAAAUUCAUAAUACAGAAUGAUAUUGCAUCUGACACGGGUAUUUCGGAAUCUCUAAUCCAGUUUGUGCAAGUAACAAACCCAACUAAAAAUCUCGGGGGCAGAAAAACUAAACGUACUCUUUUUUACUUUAACAGUGUCCAACGAGGUAGACUCUACAUUAUUGCGUCUGAUGUUUUUCCCCUGCUCCAAUUCCUAACCCACCCACGCCACCUACCCCAGUUUCUUAAAGAAGGUGCGACUAUGUACUGAGUUUCAUAGACGGAAAUUACAUGAUCAUCUGAAAGUGUGAAAAUACAUAUUAUAUGGAUUAAGUUACUCACAUGCAAUACCCCACCUAAAAAAAGCACAAAAAACCCAACAACAAAAAAACAAAAAACAAACAAAAACAAACUCAAACAAACACGACGACAACCUCCCCCCAACCCACCUCCGAAAUAAUAACAUUAGUUAACACCGCUAUGAAUGAAACAUUUGGUGAGCGAGCAGUAUUAAAGUUAUAUCACUACCGCCACCGCCACCGCCACCGCCAACACCCCCGAACAAAAUGUACCACAAAAUAUCCCACCGAUAAUGGCAUAAUACAAACAUUAAACAAGAAACAUUGAAUCAAACUAACUCUAUAAACAAACAUUAUUUACGUGCAUGCGUUUGUAUGUCUGUGUAUAUGUGUGUGUGUCUCUCCAAAAAUAAAGGGGACGGGAGGUAAUACUAAUUUUGGCACGUAUCCAUAACGAGUCUAUCACAUGAAAUGACAUCCAUCUACAAUCAGGCACAUGAAAGAACUGGGGCGGCCGGUUGGAGGGGUGGGGCCUCAGUGCAGGAGUUAACAGGCACGGUGGAAGCAAGUAGACAUUGGGGGAGGGGGGGGGGGAGGGGCUGACUGAGACCGAGAACGCAAAGUUUCUAGCGGGUUCGGUAGUGCAGGGCGCACAUUAAGAGGUUUGUCGGUCAUCGUGUAAAAAGCUUUGGCGCUUUACUUUGCUCAACAACAUAUUCGCUGAAGAGCAGAAUCGAAACAACCUCAAACGACCUACUUGCCCACCUGCUGUGUACAAAUGUGUAAAUCGCUACUGUAUAUUAUAUAAUCAGUUUUGUAUGUGAUGUUUAAAUAUGUUCUAUGGAUCACUGAUCUGAAAUAAAAAUAAAUUAUUAUUAUUAUUAUUAAGUCGAUACUGCACACUUUUUACGUUCGUUCAGACUAGGGUGUUCGGGGGAUAUUGUUCUCCGUAAAAUUUCCAAAACUAGAUUGCCUCAAAUGCCAUUUCCGGCAUUCUACAAGUAAAAUUCAUCUCUGCCUUAAGAUUUACUGCCAAUAAUAUUUUUGAUUCAGAAAUUGUCUAGCUGGCUAAGGAAGUGACAGAUUGGUUUGUUUAUCAAAUGAACCUAAAUCAGGCCUCAUGGUGCAGACGAGUUCAGUCCCUUGUAACAUUCCAGAGCAGAGUUGUUGACAUUGUUUGUGUUUCCGGUUUUUCUUGUUGACGAUUUGUUUUCAGCAUUUCUGGUGUAUUUUGAAAAUAAACUGUAAUGAGUUGUAUUGUAACAAAAUACUGGACCUUAACAAGGAUAUUUAGUAUUGUUCUCGGUCACUGACAGCGUUCGAGCAUUUUGUAUCUGCAAUAGAUGUGUUUGAUGAUGCAAGGGAGAUUUUCUAUGCUACUGAAGUACCCUGCAAGACAAUAUUUCUCCAUCACAACACUGAAAGGAUAAGGAAUUCGAAUUUUAGAAAUCUGUAGAUUUGGUGGGAGAAAAACCUUGUUUAUAGAACAUAUUUACUGACACGUGUAAUAGAAAAAGAUGGCGACGGGCGGGUCAGAAAAGAAGCCGACAUUAACAGAAAGUGUUGGACUUGGAAUGAGAUUCGUCAUCUCCACGAUCAGCGCCUCGUUUCCUAGUGUGAAGAACGUGGACACCAAACAACUCGACAAGUGGCUGCAGAACAACGAACGAGAAGUUGUGUUGCUGGAUUGCCGAGACCCCAAGGAGUACGAGGUGAGUCGUAUGUCGCAGUCUGUCCGGGUGGAAUGGACGACAGACGACGUAGCUGAACUCAUCAAUUCUCUGCCAGAGGUGGAAAAAGAGGGUCUGGAAAACAAAACGAUCGUCUGUUACUGCUCAGUGGGUUACAGAUCAGCCGCCUUGGCAAAGAAAAUACAAGAAUAUAUGAAGAAAAAAGGCAGUGUCAAGAAAAUAGAGGUGUAUAACCUUGCGGGGUCACUGUUCAAAUGGGCCAAUGAGGGUCGGUUACUAGUGGACAGUGAAGGCCAGAAGACAGUGUUCGCACAUCCUUAUAACGCGGUGUGGGGCAAACUACUAAACAAAGAACUCAGGAAAGGAUGAUGACAUUUCACUCUGACGUAUAUUUAUUGUUUGUUGUGUUUUAUUGUCUUUUACGAAAAGGUUUACCUAUCCAAGUUGUAAGACUAAAAUAACGGUAUUUAUAGAUGUGCAUGCAUUUAUUGUUGUUUGACAAUCAGAACUGGUUAGGUUCACUCUUUGUGAAAUUGAGAGUUUUCAGUUAUUUCAGCAGGUUUUUUUUCUUAUUUUAAAAAAUGUAAGUAGUUGUUUUAUUUUCUCUCCUCUCCUCUCUCUCUCUCUCCUCUUCUCUCUCUCUCUCUCUCUCUCUCUCUC